ACUUCUGACAGUUCAAUCUUAAUCUCGAUUCUUGAAGAAUCUGGAAAAAUAACCUACUCAUCUGCCGGAUUAAAUAAGAUUUAAAUGGAACACGGCUUAAAAAACAUCUAGAUCUGUUUUAGGACUAUAAAAAUGCAUACUGCUAGUAGUUUAAUAAGGAACAGUUUCCUCAACCCGAAGUUGAAGUCGACUGUGGUUCGUAGUGUAACAAAAGUUGCAUCACACGGUAAACCGGUGCAAAGGUUGUGUUACUCUGGGGUAGCUGGUGCUAGGGGUGCGCGGAUAUGCAGUUAUAACAGUACGUUUUUGAGUUCGAGUAAACAAGUGGGAUUUGGGAGGUAUUUUUCAACCAAUAAGAGUGACCCCCCUGAUGAGGAUCCCGAGUCUAAAGAUGAGACGCCGCUGUUCAGCAGUCAGCUCCCGGCGACCGUGGCCGUGCCCGAAGUGUGGCCACAAGUGCCCGUCAUCGCCAUCAACAGGAAUCCCGUCUUCCCGCGUUUUAUUAAACUUAUUGAGAUAUCAAACCCAGCUUUAAUAGACUUAAUAAGACGUAAAGUAAAACUGAACCAGCCUUAUGUUGGUAUAUUUUUACGUAAGAAAGAAGAUGAGAAGUCCGAUGUUGUCUCCAACUUGGACGACUUGCAUCAAGUGGGUGUGUUUGCACAGAUCCAUGAGAUGCAAGAUAUGGACUAUAAAUUAAGAUUAGUUGUGAUGGCUCACAGACGAAUUAAGAUUACUGGACAGUUCAUCGAAGAUGAGAUCGAAAGUGGGCCUGCUGAAAUGAAGCUGAAAUUUCCGCUAUUUAACGUGGAGCUUAACGUUGCCCGCGAAGAAUCUGAUGCGGAACGGCGCCGGCGCAAGUAUCGGAACACGAGGAAGCAGGUCUCCAAGGAGCCAGCAGCAGCAACGGCAACGGCAACAGCAACAACAGCAACAGCUGAAGCUGAAGAUGCUCCAAAGGAACCGAAGGACUCAAAGAAACCUGCUCCAGAUCAAGUUAUGAUGGUCAAAGUGGAGAACUUGAUGCAUGAGAAGUUCCAGCAGACUGAAGAGGUGAAGGCCUUGACCCAGGAGGUCAUUAAGACCAUUAGAGAUAUCAUCAACUUGAAUCCUUUGUACAGGGAAUCCUUGCACCACAUGUUAGCGCAAGGCCAGCGCGUAGUGGACAACCCAGUGUACCUGUCGGACCUGGGCGCCGCACUCACUGGGGCGGAGCCAGCAGAGCUACAGGCUGUUCUUGAAGAAAUGGAUAUACCGAAGAGGUUGAUGAUGUCCCUCUCGCUUCUAAAGAAGGAGUUUGAAUUAUCGAAACUGCAACAAAAGAUUGGCAAAGAAGUCGAGGAGAAAGUUAAACAACAACAUCGAAAGUAUAUCUUACAUGAACAGCUUAAGGUAAUAAAAAAAGAGUUAGGCCUAGAGAAGGACGACAAGGAUGCUAUCGGAGACAAGUUCAAGGAGCGCCUCGCUGAGAAGAAAGUACCGCAGGCAGUACAGACUGUCAUCGAUGAAGAACUCAACAAGUUGAACUUCUUGGAAAGCCAUAGCUCUGAGUUCAAUGUCACCCGCUGCUACUUAGACUGGCUGACCUCCUUACCCUGGGGAGUGACGUCAGAAGAGAAUCUCAAGCUCAAAGACGCUCAAGUGAUACUCGAUGAAGACCACUACGGCAUGGAGGAUAUAAAGAAACGGAUAUUGGAGUUCAUAGCUGUGUCGCAACUGAAGGGCUCUACCCAGGGCAAGAUAUUGUGCUUCCAUGGACCUCCUGGUGUUGGUAAAACUAGUAUAGCUCGUUCCAUCGCCCGGGCCCUGAACCGACAAUACUUCAGAUUCUCAGUGGGAGGUAUGACAGACGUUGCGGAGAUCAAAGGACACAGACGGACGUACGUGGGAGCUAUGCCAGGGAAACUGGUGCAGUGCUUGAAGAAAACUGGAACUGAGAACCCGUUGGUGCUUAUUGAUGAGGUGGACAAAAUUGGCAAGGGUGUUCACGGCGACCCAUCAUCAGCUCUCCUAGAACUCUUGGACCCGGAACAGAACGCGAACUUCCUGGACCACUACCUGGACGUGCCGGUGGACCUGUCCAAGGUGCUGUUCAUCUGUACUGCCAAUGUGGUGGAACAUAUCCCUGAACCACUCCGGGACAGGAUGGAACUUAUUGAUAUGUCUGGUUACGUAGCAGAAGAGAAGCUGGCAAUAGCCCAGCAGUACCUGGUCCCGUCGGCCCGCGCGAGCUGCGGGCUGGCCGCCGCCCAGCUCGACCUCACGCCCGACGCCCUGCACGCACUCAUCCGCUCCUACUGCAGGGAGAGCGGCGUCAGGAACCUGCAGAAACAUAUCGAGAAGAUAGCAAGGAAAGUAGCGUAUAAGAUAGUGAAAGAAGAGACAGAAUCCCUCAAAGUGACGGAAGCGAACCUGAGCGAGUUGGUUGGCAAGCCGACCUUCAAACGCGAUCGCAUGUACAACAUCACGCCACCCGGAGUUGUUAUGGGACUUGCUUGGACUGCUAUGGGUGGCAGCACAUUAUUCAUAGAGACAGCGAUCCGGAACGCGGCGAAGGAUGACAAGUCUCCGUUCGGGUCCAUGGAGGUCACCGGCCACCUCGGUGACGUCAUGAAGGAGUCUGCCAGGAUCGCACUCACUGUCGCCAGGAAUUACAUGUCUAUUUACUACCCGGAGAACAAGUUCUUGAAUACUAGUCACAUCCACCUGCACGUGCCAGAAGGCGCGACCCCGAAGGACGGCCCGUCGGCCGGCUGCACCAUCGCGACGGCGCUGACGUCCCUGGCGCUGCGCCGCCCCGUGCGCCCCGACCUCGCCAUGACGGGCGAGAUCUCACUCACUGGGAGAGUGCUGCCCGUUGGAGGGAUCAAGGAGAAGAUUAUUGCGGCUAAACGUGCAGGAGUCUGUUGUGUGGUCCUUCCCGAGGAGAACAGACGUGACUACGACGACCUGCCGAGCUUCAUUCGAGAAAAGGUCGACAUACACUUUGUCAGCGAUUUCGACGAGAUUCUCAAGAUCGCCUUCGAUCAGCAACAACAACAGGUUCAAUCAUAGACUGUAGCCUAACUACUUAAGGUUUAGUUUAGUUUGCCAGUAGACAUCUUCUUGUAAUAAGUCCAAGUAGGCUUUAAUAGAUAUUGGAUUAUUAUGGAAUUGGUGGAAUAUUUUUGUAUGGAAUUGGGAAUGAGACAAUAUUUAUAUGUAUAUAAUAUGUUUCAUAGUUAUUUGUAAGUGUAAAUGUUUAUAACAUGAGAGGCAGCACUUUCUUAUUAUUCGCCAAACUUUCUCAAUUACCACUUCAUUACAAUUCUGGGCAUUUUAUUCAGAAAUUGUGUAGCUUUUGUUGAUGAUUUUGUUGUAGUAUAUUUUCACUAAACCGUCAAUGAAAUAAACUACUUCCAGUAUUAAUGACCAAAAACAACAAUAAAUAUUUUAGAAGUAGACCAACUACGAUUAUCAAGUACAGGGCUGGAUUAAGGUUCGUGAGUUAAUAAACCCUUUAAACAAACGAAUAAUGGUUCGAUAUGUCAUGAUCGCAAUCCGGCCCUGUGUAACAUCACAGAUUGAUCCCAGUAAAAUAGUAAACAUGUCCAAUUUCAUUAUAAGUCUAUGCAUUUGUUUAUUAUAAGUACCGAAGUAUGAAGUAUGUAGAUAUUGCUAUGUAGAUUGUGUGUGUGGAAAUGCUUGAGUAGAUAUUAUAUUACGUUGUUGAAUGGAAUUAAAUAUUUUCUUUUUUUUA